AUGGACCCUCAGGGCGGUGCUCCAACUACGGGUAUGAAAAUUUCAUUCGGAGUUAAGAAGAAGGUCGAACAGAAGAUUGAGCAAACGGUCACCGUCAUCGAUCAUGAUUCGGAGCACAGCGAGGAUGAAGUGGAAGUUACGACGAAGCGAAAGCUUUUUUCUAUGGAAAAUGGAGUCAUCACGUUGGACGAGGAUGAGGUGAAAGUGAAAAAGCCGAAGAAAGAAUUCGUGAUCCCUCUAGUCAAAGAAUCGGAUUGGCGGGUGCAGAAAUUAAAGGAAAUGGCUCUAAACGGGACGAUAACAGACGAGGAUCGCGCUAAAUUGGUGCUGUUGACCGGAGAGGACUUUUCCGAGAUGACAACAGAAACCACGACGACAACGACCACUGAAGAGAUUGCAGUUGUUGUAAACCCCAACGAGAAAUCGACAGAAGACGCGGAUUAUGCAGCGAUACCUAUUGAAUCAUUCGGGUUGGCGAUAUUGCGAGGAUGCGGUUGGAAAGAUGGGGAGGGCAUCGGAAAAAACCCACAGAUUGUAAAAAUGAAGGUCAGCCAUCAGCGGCCGAAAGGAUUGGGCCUUGGCGCCAAGCCGCCGGCCCCUCAGACGGCAGUGGGAAAGAAUAAAGAGGAAGAAGAGGAGCUGUCCGGAGAAAUUGUCAAGGGUUCACGGGUGAAGAUUACCGUCAAGCCAAAUAUAGGAAAAUAUGGAAUGGUAGAAGGGCGUGACGAUGACAACAAUUCGUGCUUUGUCCGGCUGGCUCUUGGCAAGAACGUCGUCCGAGUCUCACUUUUCGGGGUGGCCAAAGUGACAAAGAAGGAGUAUGAUGCGAAGGCCCAUGUAUUGAAUCAAGCCAACUACGAGCAGGAGGCAAAGCGGCUAAAGGCGGAACGCGAAUCCUAUCGAGCGAAGGAACAAACGGAUGAUCGUCGAGAAUCCGAUAAAAGGGACCGGCGGCGAGAUGAGCGUGACUAUCGUGAAGUGCCAAAGAUUGACCCUAAAGAGCUCUGGGUGCGGCCGGAUCUUAUCGUUCGAUUCGUCAAUGAAGAUUAUAAAAAAGGACGGUAUAUGAGCCAGAAGAUGCGGGUCGUCGACGUGGCCGAUAUUAAAAAUCUAACUUUGGAAGAUGAUUCUGGGAAUCAGCACUAUGAAAUCCGGCAAACAUGGGUGGAAACUGUGGUGCCGCGCAACGCCGGCGAGCGGGUGAUGAUCGUCCGCGGCAAAAACCGGGGCAAGCCGGCCGUCGUCGAGGACAAGGAUAAGCGAACGGAGACGCUCGUCCUUCGAUUACUUUCUACAAAUGAGAUCAAGAAGGUCUAUUUUGACGACGCGUGCAUGUGGAAGCCGCCCGCCCACUAUGAAAGCGAU